UCUCCAACUCCAACCUUAGCCUGUUUCCUCCUAUUCCACGAAGAAAACGAUCGCCCGCUUCCGCUCGUGAUCAUAAUUAUGUCUACUUCAAGAAUCGAACAUGAUCUUGAUUAUCAAAAUCAAGAAAAUAUCAUCGGUGGAAAACGCAAGUUUGUUGAGAGCCAACAUGAAGUGAAACAGACGAAGAAACCAAAAAACAAAGAGAAGAAGAAUAUCAAGAAACCAAGUACCAGGCCCAUGGUGAGAUCAACAAAAGCGUUGAAUCCAGAAGCGCCGGAAGCACAAAUUAGAGCUCUUGGAGGCCAAAACGCGAAGCUGGUGAUACAGAAAUACUUGUACAACACAGAUGUAAAUCCAACUCACGAUCGUUUAUCAAUUCCUAAGUUGCAAAUACAAGACCCUACCUUUCUUACCAAGGACGAGAAGGGACAAGAGUUGAAGGUUAAACUAUUGGAGCCGUGCGGUUUUGUGUCUGAUAUGAUUCUCAAAACAUGGAAUAUGCCGAGUACCCGUAAUCUGAACCUGAGGACAUCGGUGGGUUGAAGUGAUGGAGAGAAAUAAGGAUGAAUAUGAUGAUAAGAAGACGGAGAAGCUAAUCAAAAGAAAGUUCUUCGACCGAGGCGACACAAUUCAGGUCUGGUCGUUUAGGGCUAGCAGAGACGACGAAGAGGCUGCUAUCGCUGAAGAAGAAGAUCCGGGGCAACUUUGGCUUGCACUGAUUAAUCUCAGCCGCCCCAUUCCGAACAAUGGAGAUAAACAAUUUGUACAACAAGUUUAAUAUUUAGGAUAGUUUUUAGGUUUUUGAUGUAA